AUGCCGCCGCUCUAUGCCAGGGCGUCUAUAGCUACGGGAGCGUGUCUGAUGCUGUGGGGGCUCGACACUGGCAGCAUAGGCCCCAUUACAGCGAUGGAGACCUUCAAGACCUCAUUCGGCAACUUCUCCGCCAUCCUCCACGGCGCAAUCGUCUCAACCAUUCUCAUGACCGGCACAAUCAGCGCCCUCCUGGCAGGCAUGCUGGCAGACCAGCUCGGCCGAGUCGCCAUGAUAUCCACCGGCGCCGCCGUUUUUGGUCUCGGGGCCGCCAUUGAAUGCGGCGCCGUUCACCUCGCAAUGUUCAUCGCCGGCCGUGCCGUAAAGGGUCUCGGGACGGGACUCUUCGUCAGCACCGUCGCCGUGCAAAUCUGCGAAAUCACGCCCGCCAAGACGCGAGGCUUCUGGGUUGCGUUCUCGCAGUUCAUGCUUACAGUGGGACUGUCCCUGGGGUACUUCAUCUGCUACGGAACACGUCGUGUAGCGGAUUCGUCGGCGUCUUGGCGGGUGCCGCUUGCUGUAGAGGCGAUUCUGGGAUUUGGACUUGCCGCGACGACACUUUUUGUGCCGCAGUCGCCUCGGUGGUUGAUGGCCAAGGGCCAAGUUGACAAGGCUCGACUAGUCUUCACCCAACUUGGCAUCAGUGAGGAAGAGCAGCGGGAGAUGCUGGCAUCCAAGGGCGGAAAGGAGGCAGCAGCAGCCGCAGUACACCCUCCAAACAUGAGCAUGGCGGGCACUAUCCGAGCGACAUUGCAAGACUUCCGGAAGGCUUUAUCCAAGCCCUUCCGCUCUCGCACCGCCUUCGGAUGCUUCUUGAUGGUCGCCCAGCAGACCAGCUUCAUCGACGGAAUUCUAUACUACGCCCCUCUGCUCUUCCGGCAAUCAGGUCUCUCAGAGGAAAUUACAUUCCUCUGUUCGGGAAUUCUAGCUUUGGUGAUCAUGGCAGUUACCAUCCCGGCCACCAUCUUCACAGACAGCUGGGGUCGUCGGACCUGCACCAUCGUUGGUGGGGCGGGCAUCGCCGUCCUCAUGUUCCUGAUGGGAUCAUUGUACGCUGCCAACCAAGUGCGCGUCGACGGGGGUGCCGGACGGUGGGUGGUCAUUGUAUCCAUCUACCUCUUCGCCAUCGUCUUUAAUGGGACCUGGGCGAUCUGUAUUAGGGCCUUUCUGGUUGAGAGCCUUCCGCGCGAGACGAGGUCUAGCGGUGCAGCACUAGGGCAGGCUGCUAACUGGCUGGCCAACUUUGUUGUUGCGUUGACCGCGCCGCCGUUUCUCGCUGCGUCGUCUUCCGGGCCGUACUUCUUUUACGGCGGAUGUACGCUCGUAAGUGUCGUUGUCUGUGCAAUUUGGAUGACGGAGACGAAGAGCCAGAGUCUAGAGGCCAUUGAGGCGGCGUAUCUUGAGCGCAAGUCGGGCAAGGUUGACGAGAAGAUGACGUGGACGACGACGGCGGAGGGUCUGAGAAGUUCAGAGGAGAUGUAG